GUAGAAGCUCCCCCUCCCCCUUUCCUCCUCUCCCUCUCCCUCCCACCACCUCCUCCUCUUCAGCAUCCAUUCCCGGUCGGAGGAUGUGAGGAAUAGUCCACUGCUCUGCUCUGUAAGGAGGUGGAGGACCAGCAGAAGAAUCCGGAUUCGGAUAAGCUCCCCCCCCACCUCCCCCUGUCCGCGGUGAGUAAUCGAUCUGUUGCCGGUUCUGAUUACUCCGUGUUGGACGUGCACGAGCCUCCGCCGUGAUCGAUCCGCGGGCCAAGACGCUCUCGGCAGCCGCUAUCAUACACCGAUCACACACCAAUCAUACACACCGAUCACUCAACAUACCGGCGAUGACGUCAUCGGCGUCCAGACCAACACACAGUCAUGCACGCAGAUCGAUUACCCAGUUGAUCGACAGCGGAUAGGUUAUCAACUUGCACGCACGCACGCACACACAGGAGCAGUCUGGGUAUAUUAAGUCACGCAGGGAUUUCAGUGUGGUAGAGCUGCAUGUGUGAGUGCGUGCGUGUUUGUCCUAUCAGGGGGUGGGGCUAAGUCAGCGUCAUCAGACCACCGGUGUAACCUUACAUCAUGUCUGCCGAAGGACCCUAAAAAACUUUCACAUGCCAUGUAAUAUUUUGUCAUGUCAUGUGACAUGCGAUCACGUGUUGGACUCUCUGGUCAUAUUUCCCAUCAUCCUAUUUCAUGAUGAUGUCAUCAUUCUCAGUUAUCCUUCAGGCUUCAAAAGCAAAACAGCAUCAUGUCCCAGUAAUUAUGCAUGGAUAAUAUGUAUUCCACAGGAUCUGCAUGGGGCUGGUUGGUUACCAGGGUGAUAUAUGUUGGCAGUGUCAAAAGUUACUGUGAGGACUCUGACUCAGACAAUCUGUUGUGUGCGCAUGAAUAUUAAACUGUGUAGUGAAUUUAAUUUCAAUCCAGGAGUGAGCACUGCAUGAAAUACAUAAAGACACCUGUAGAGACAGCAGAAGGGAGCCCAGGUUGAUCUGUUCAUCCACUCAUAAAUCCAUCUAUUAAUCCAUCCAUCUGCACAGGAGUUCAUCAAAGCAUCUAUUCAUUUAUCCAUCCAUCCAUCCAUCCACAAACUGAUUCACGCAUCCAAACCCCCCUCCAUCCAUUCAUUUUCUGUUCCUCCAUCCAAUCCAUCCAUCCACAAAUUCAUCCAUCCAUGCAUGAAUUAAUCCAUACAUCUCUAAAUAUGCUUAUUUUUCCAUCAAUCCAUCUGUGCACUAUCCAUGCAUCCAUUUCUCCUUCCAUCCAUCUAUUAAUAAUAACAAUAAUAAAGCAUCUGAUUUCAUAUAACGCUUUAUCAGAGAUCCUCAAAGCGCUUUACGUUGGAUACAUCAUUCAUUCGCUCACACAGUCACACCCUAGUAGUUUAGUGGUAAACUAUCUUUUCAGUCACAGCUGCCCUGGGGUAGACUGACGGAAACAUGGCUGCCAGUUUGCACCUAUGGCCUCUCCAACCACCACCACACAACAGUCACAUUCAUACACCAGUGGAGGACACACACUGGGAGCAAGGUGGUGGGUUAAGUGUCUUGCCCGAGGACACAGCAGGCAGACUCAGGAUAGGGGGGAAUUGAACCGCCAACCUUCCAGUUAUUGGAAGAUUGCUCUACCUCUUGAGCUACUGCCACCCUAUUGUUAUUUGUUGUCAUCCAUUACCCACUCAUCCAUCAUCCAUCUAAGUAAAUAUGCAUUCAUUCAUCUGUCCAACAGACUGCUCAUUCAUAAUUUUCAUUUUGUUCAGGUUUCCCUAUCAAACAAUCACUUGAUCUUCUCUCUGCAGUUAUUUAGACUAGCAGAAAUAAUAACAACAUCGACAAAGAAACACAUGAACAGCAGACUUAGCUGUCAGUUUUUCUUUACACUUUUUAUGCUGCUGUAUGACUGUCACGUCCCUUCUGCCCCCACAGUGGCCCCACUGUCCACCUGAAAACUGCACCUUGAAUUUACAGCCUAACCACCAGUACAACUCAACCCCAUGUCUCAGUCUAUAUUUUGAAUAUCAAAGAAAGAGAGAAUUAGUGGGUUUGAAGUGGAGUUUUACAGUAUUAGUUUCUGAGAAUGAAAAUCUUUCAACAUAAAAGUCUGUUACAGUUUAAGUCUUUCAAAAUAGAGCUCCCUCUUGACCAUGGUCCUCCAGGCCCAAGCCCUCCAGGACCGUAUUACGAAAUGAUAAAAGUUCUUUGGAUAAAAAAAAAGUUUCCUUCUAAACAGAAGAAGCAUAAAAGCAUCCCUUACAAUCAAAGUGUCCUUCAAAGUAAAACUGUUCUUCAGAAUGAAGCUCCAUGUUACACAGAGACAGGAAACAGUGACUGUAUCUAAAAUUCGUCUGUGCGCUCUCAGUGUCUGGGCACGCUCAUGGCAUGGGGGCCGGUGGUUACCAUGGUUACCACUCAGCAGCUCACUGAGGUGGAGGAUAGUAAAGACUAGAGACUUGGAGUGUGGGUGUCAGAGCAUCAUCAUCUAUCCUCUGAGGACCAGGACAGUAAAUAUUAUUGGCUGAGUGAUGAUGUCACCUGGAUCAGAGUACUGCAGCACAGUGUGUGUUGUGUGUAUGUGUUGUGUGUAUGUGUAGUGUGUGCAUGCAUGUACGUGUGUGUGUGUGUGUGUAACAGGUCAUGAUGUGCCAUAGCCCUCCCCCUCCUUGUUUCCUAGCAACAGUAACAUCUUCUGCUCUGUGGGUAGCAGAGCAUGAUGUAAAGGCCGGGUGUGUUGCCAUGGCGAUGCCCUCUCAGACUGCUCAGUGUAAGUGCGUGUGCGUGUGCAUGCGUGUGGGUCCAGAUGUGCUCUGACACACAUUUGUGUUUCUGCUGUGUAUGUGAGCAACAGCAGAAGAAGGAGAAGAAGAAGAAGAAGAAGGAGUCGGGGGGGUGGGGCUGUGAGCUGAGCUGCAGUCUGAUUUGACUCCUCAGAGCAGUACCUGGUGGCAAUCAGAGGAACGGAAGCUCAGACAGAAACAGCCUGAGCUUGUUUAAACUUUAAGGGUUAGGGAUGACUUACCUCAUGAAGCGCUGAUUGACUUUAUCUGCUCUCUUUGUCAGGUAAGCUCAGGAGAAUCAUGCCGUUAGUGAAGAGAAUCAUCGAGCCCCGGUUUCUGUGCCGCGGCACCUUGCCAGAUGGAGUCGCCAGUGAGCUGGAGUGUGUGACCAACAGCACGCUGGCGGCUGUCAUCAAACAGCUGGGAGGAUUAAGUGAGUCAGCAUCUGCUCAAAUAAUCCACACAUACACACACCUGAUUAACAUACCUAAUUAAAGGGAUAUUCUGGCGUAAAAAUUAAGUUACAAUGUUGUCGAUCGCUUGCUUCUCUAGUUAUACCAACAGUAGUAACAACUGCAGAUAGCAAUACACAGCGGUGUGAGGAGUCAUAAACAAACCUCAACCAAAACACCACUCUAUAGCCACAAAUAAUGCUCAGAAAAGCAUCUAACUUCAUCAACAGUACCUAAAGGUUCCCAGCCACCGCUGUGUAUUGCUAUUGUGCGGUCAUUACUAAAGUUGGUGUAACUAGAGAAGCAAGCAGUCAACAACAUUCACCUCUCAAGAGGGUGUCUAACUCUGUGUUUUGGUGUGUCUGACCCCAAAUUAAUUUUACGCCGGAAUAUCCCUUUAACACACCUGAUCCCCUGGACACUUAUUUUACACACAUCUAAUUAAUACACCCCUCAUCUCACCUGCACACUUGAUUAACACACACACACACACACUUGCGUAUUCAUUCACUUUCCUGUUCUCACCUGUACUUCUGGUCAUUCACAAGGAGCAUGGACCUGAUAGAGGUCAACCUUACCUGUUCCCACCUGCAGGUCGCCAUGCUGAGGACAUCUUUGGUGAGCUGUUCUCAGAGGCGAACAGUUUCUACCUGAGGAUGAGCAGUCUUCAAGAGAGAGUGGACCUGCUGGCUGUCAAGGUGACCCAGCUGGACUCCACUGUGGAGGAAGGUAGGAGGAUCAGCGCUGUGUGACAUGACUAACAUGGUUAAAGGUGUAGAGAUGGAGAUCCUUGCCUAUCCUUAAUUCACUUCUAACUCACCUAAGAGUUGAUAAGAUGUUGAAUAAUACACCUCCUCCUACUGCAGUCCACUUCCUGUGUGUAGUUACAGGUGUGUAUUUGUGGGUCAGUGUCUCUGCAGGACAUCAACAUGAGGAAGGCCUUCAGGAGCAGUACCAUCCAGGACCAGCAAGUGGUGUCCCGGAGCUCCAUCCUCAAUCCUGUGUUAGAGACGUACCAGCGCUGCGACAAACCUCCACCUCUCAACAUUCUCACUCCGUACAGGUGAGUUUGCGUGACCUGUCCCUUUAUCUGACUCCAGCCUCAGUCCACUCCUUGUGAAACUUCUCUAAGUUCUUAGUUCCUGAAACUGCCUUGUUUGACAGUCCUCUCAGACUCUGUUAACAUUGGUGUGUGUGUGUGUAGGGAUGAUAAGAAGGACGGUCUGAAGUUCUACACUGACCCAUCUUACUUCUUCAGUCUGUGGAGGGAAAAGAUGCUACAGGCCACUGAAAACAAACGCAAAGAGAAGAGACGGCAGAAGGUCCACCUUUCAUACCUGUUUACCUGUCUUUCAUCCUGCCUUUCCGUUUCUCUCUGAGUCUGUGUUUCUUUUGUUCUGUCCACUAGCCUGUCAUUCUGUCCAUCUGUGUUUAUUCUGACCCCCAGUGUCCAUCAGUGUGAAUAAACCAUAUUUUGUUUUCUAAGGAGCAGAAACAUGUGGAGGAGUCUUCAGGACGGGAAGUUAAGAAGGUCAGUUCUUCCUCUUUAGUUUCACUGGUUGAAGAAAUAUUCUAUCAGAUUUGAAGUCUUUGGGUUUCUUUCUUACCUCUUUAUCCCAGAGCACGGUCAGUCGGAUUUAAACUGGACUAAAUUGUGUUUAAGAUGCUUUCCCUGAGACCCUGUGAAAUGAUUCAAAACAUUAUAUUUUUGAUUUCUACAUCAUGCCUCUACUUUCCUUCUCUCUGUGUAGGUUCGUAAAGCUCGUAACAGACGACAGGAGUGGAACCUAAUGGCCUACGAUAAGGAGCUCCGUCCAGAUGCUCGAUUUACACCCUCACCUUACCACACCUCUGAUGGGUCAUUGUCACCUGACAGGUACACACACCUAAACACACUGUCCCAACCCCUUUAGUGUAAAAGCUUUCGUGUUUUGUCAGGUCUGUCCUCAAGCAGAGGGGAAAAAACUUCUCUUGAAUGGAGGUCAGAUCCAUCAUUUCUGAUACAUUCAGGGGAGUCAGGAAAUCUAAAUGCUGAUUGUCUCGGGAGCUGAAAUGUCAUUGUGGUGGAUUGUGUUCCUCCUGCUUUUGGUCUCCAUGCACACUGUUUUUCAUGCAGACACCAAAGCUCGCUGGCACCUGAUUGCUCAAUACAAUUCAGAAUACUUCUCAAUAUUUCCCAUGAGUACAGAUUAUUUAUGUGCAUGUGUAAGUGUUAAAGUUUAUUAAAUUUGCUCCCCUCUAUUAGGUCGGGGAUGUCAGAUGACCCCUCUUUCUCUGCCAGCCCUCAUCACCAUGAAGCCCAGCAUGACAGGAAGGAUCAUGCAGCUGUGGCAAACAGUGGGACUGGUCAGACCCAGUCCUUGGACCGUGCCCUCAGACCCACUUCAGCAUCCUCUGGGGUCUCUGCAACAGCUACUCGACAACACUCACUGGGCCACAACCAGCCUCAUCACCACCACCCACCACACAGCGGCCCAGCCAGUCAGGGUGCAGCGCGGACUGCUGCAAAGGAGGCUAAGUAAGCACAGUCUGAUGGUAUUUAUCCACCCAUGUCUUCCCGGGUCCUGACUGUUUAAUGUCCUUUUUUUAAAGGAUGCUUUCGAGUUGUCCUAUGGCUUAUUUUCAGGAUAUGGACUUGUUUACUUUAUAAACAGGUGCUUCAUUUACACACAGAGAGCUGAGCAGACAGGUUGGAGUAUGGCAGAGAGAUCACACAGGAGCAAAUACUGAUCUAGAGUCCAACAACGGGCUGUACAAGGGACCUCAUUUAACAAAUAACUGUCCUGGACUAGCUCACUGUAUGUCAAAGACCUGAUUUGCUUGAUCCCCUUGGGACUGCAGGCCAUGUAAAGUAACAGGAACCCCUUAGCUUAAUGGAAAGAACUAAAAGUUCCUGGUGAAUAUGCUCCAAUACUCACACACAUACAAACAAACAUAUUCAGACACAGAGGGUUGACAUUUGACCUGUUUCUCCUCAGUGACCAUCAGAUCCCACCCACCCCUCCACCCCCUCCUCCCCUGAUGCCAUCAUCAGGCCAGAUGACAUUCCCCAACAGCUCUGCCCACACUGCUGCUAUGACGACACCCCACCACCCUGCAGCAUCCUCUGGUAGCCAAGGUAACAGGCGUGUAAUUCCUGUCAUGGUGUUCCUGUUGACUGAAUGUCAGGUAAAACAAGAUCUGUUUUUGUCUCCAGGUGGCGCUACUGUCUCUCAUCCUUACAGUCCCACCCCUCCCCCUCCUCCUCCAGCCAACUACAUCCCCUCCCCUUCUCGACCUAGAGGCCAACAGCCCCCGCCCACAGCUGCUGUGGCUCCUCCUACAGCCCCGACAACGGAUGGCAGGAAGCAUCCUGGUGGUCCAAAUGUGCCAAUGAAUGAUGCACGCAGUGACCUGCUAGCUGCGAUACGCAGAGGUAAGCACUUACCUGUUAGCGUUUGCAACAUUAAAUAUUCAACCUGCUGGUUGGCCUGUGGUCCUGUGGGUCCGGUUUCUGGGGUCGUGGUAUCUGAGGUAUGGUCUCUGUCCGUCUCAGGGAUCCAGCUCAGGAAGGUCCAGGAGCAGCGAGAGCAAGAGGAGGCGAAGAAACAAGAGCCCACAGGAAAUGAUGUUGCCACCAUCCUGUCACGUCGCAUUGCUGUGGAGUACAGCGAAUCAGAGGAAGAGUCUGAACCUGAGGACCAGGAGUGGUCCGAUUAAGGGGGCAGAGCUACAUAAAGGCUGGUCAUCCUGUCAGACAGGAAAACUCCAACAGGAAGUUAAAGAACACCUGAGGAAAGUUUUAAAGAGAAGACGGUCUGAUAUAUAUAUAUUAGAAAAAUCCCUCAGUCUGAGACACACAAAUCAAUGUCAAUUAUUUUAUCAUCAUUUAUGAUAAUAGAAUUAUUAAUAAGUCCAUCCAACAUUAUUGUUCUGAGUGAUGUAUCAUUAUUAGCGCCACUGCAGCAUCAGUAAAUAGACCAUCAUACAGAGCGCUUAGAUAUCAGAUCUAACUGUGUGUUUCAGUAAAUCUUAGAUUAUCUACAGAGGUUACAUUAAUACAGGUAAUUUAGAUCUCUGAGGAAAUUACUACCAAUACAUGGAUAACAGAAAACAUGUCAUAUCACACAGAAGUAUAAAAAUUAAUGUUAACUUCACUCAACCUGAAGAAAGGGAUAAAUAUUUUGUAAUGUGUUACUGAAGCUUUCAAACUGUUCAUCAAACACAACCCUAGUGCCAUAAAGGUUACGACGCUGUAUGAAAUGUUGAUAAAAACAGAGUUUUAUCAUCUGUAAAUCAUAUAAGUCUAUUUAUCUUACAAAAAGUUCAGUUCAGGGACUCUGUCCUGUUUAAGAAGUCAUGGUGCUCCAAAAGUUUUUAAUAAGUCAGGACCGUAGGCAGGUCAGUUUAUCAGCAUGACUCUUCUACUACAGAGACAUGCUGUUGUCAUCCCUGCAGAAUGUGGUUUGUCAUAGUCUUGCUGAAAUAUGAAGGUCUUCCCUGAAAAAGUCUUUGUCUGGAUGGCAGCAUAUGUUGUUCCCAAACCUGUAUAUAUUGUUCAGCAUUAAUGGAGCCUUCACAGAUGUGGAAGCUACCCAUGGCAUAGACUCUAAUGAUCCCCAUACCAUCAGGGAUGCUGGCUUUGAAUUAGGAACUGAUAACAAGCCAGAUGGACCUUCUGCUCUUUAGAGUGGAUGCAAGAUCCAUGAUCUCCAAAAAGAAAGUCAUAUUUUGACUCUGACCCCUCUAUAGAUCUGGGAAUGCAGCAUCAAUGAUCUCCAAAAAGGAUACCAUAUUUUGACAGUGACUCCUCUAUCAGAUGGGGGAUGCAACAUUCAUGAUUUUUUAAACAAGUUCAGUAUUUUGAGUCUUUUCAGUCUAUAGAGCAAGAGAUGCAGCAUCCAUGAUUUCCAACAGGAAUGUAAAAUUUUUGUCCUCAGACCACCAUACACUUUCUCUUCCCCCAAGUCCAUCUUAUAUGGACUCAGGUCAUGGUGUUUCUGGAUCAUGUUUCUAUCUGGUUUCCUCUUUGUACAAUAAUGUUGGUCACGAAACCUUUCAAAUCUGUUUUUAAUCAACAUUUUACAUGAUUUUAAAACUUAAGUGGUAUUGGGUUUGUAUGUAGCAAAUAUUACAUGAAACCUGUUAAAUAUAAUUCAGAAAGGUGAUUAAAAUGACUGUUUGUUUUCCACAGAGGGAUGUGUCAAAGAGCUGAUUUAUUAUUUCAUAUCAUUAAUUAUGGAUUGAACAGCUUAUCUCUACAGAGGAUGAACUUUUACACCUGUAUGACUGCUUGACCUUUCUCUAGCGCCACCUUUAGGACAGGUGCUUAAGCUCUAGUCACAGCAGGUGAACUCUGAUUGGAUGAUGUUUGUAAUAAGGUGUGCAGCCUGUAGGGGGGCAGGUGGCGCUGUUUCAGGUGUGUAUUAAUAAGGUUUGUUUUGGUGGUUAAAGUGUUUAUUCUUGUACUUUUAUUGUGAAAGCUGUUCUCACAUCAGCUCACAUUAUUUCAAUCAGUUUCCAUUUUUAUUUUAAACUUUACAGUCGGAUAAAUCUGUUUAAAAAUCAGUGAAAAUACCAUAAGCUGCUUUACUUCAUACUGUCUAAUUACUUUUUUAAAUUUUUUUUAUUGUAUCACAGUGUUGUAUUUUUUAUUUUUAUUUAUUAACUUUUUUACUAUAAAACCACAGGGACACCUUAUCAUUCAUUAGUUUAUUUACUUAUGUUUGUUAUUUUAGUAAGUUACUGAUGUUCUGAUAUCUUGCUGACCCGUAAAUAUUUCUUUAACAGUAUUGUGGUUUCAGCCUCUGAUUCAUCAGUUACCUAGGUAACCAGAAAAACAGUGUCCCAUCAUGCACUGCUUAACUGACCAGUGGGGGGCGGGGGGUGUUGAUCCAUUGUUCUUGACUUCAUGCUUAAAAUAAUGAUGUCAUAUAUGAAACCAGCUUAACGUAUGUGACCUAAACACUAAGCUGAUUAAAGGGGCGGGGCUUUUAGUGAUCAGUUCUUUAUAAAUUAUUAAUUGGUUAUUGUUGUGUGCUGUGCGCUCUUCUGUGUUUGCAUGUCAGUAAAAAUUUCGAAUAUAAAAAACAAAAGCUGUUAAACCCCCUCCUCCAGAAAAAAAGACAUAACGAGCCCUGUUCUUGUUUGUUUGUUUGUUUGUUUGUUGAUCAGCUGAAUGAUAAAGAAUUAGGUUUCAGAGUAUGUGUGGGUAUUUCAGUUGAAUGACAGGUUUGAGCUCAGCUUCAGACGUGUUUUGAGCCUGUUAAUCUGUUAUCAGUAACCCUCUGUAUUAAAGGUUUGUACAGUCAAAUAUGUUUAA